AUGUCAGACAGACCAAAGGUAAUUGUAUUGGCCGGCACUGCUGGUACCGGUAAGUCGACAAUUGCUCAUACCUUGAUAGGAGUGUACAGCGGCAAAUGUUCCAAUAUGAAAUUCAUUGAAGGUGACGACUUGCAUCCGAAGGAGAAUGUCGCUAAGAUGGCCUCUGGUACUCCACUGAAUGACGAAGAUAGGUGGGGGUGGCUGCAGACUGUGGCGAAGGCUGGAUCUGAAGAAGCCAAACAAUGCCCCUCCAAAGUGUCUAUUGUUGCUUGUUCUAGUCUGAAAUUAAAGUACAGAGACUUGAUUAGGGAAACGGUCCCAGAUACCGAUUUCUCCUUCGUGUUUCUGUACGCUAGUAAAGAAAAUAUCUUAAAGAGACUCUACCAAAGAAGCGGGCAUUUUAUGAAGUCCGACAUGGCGGACUCGCAGUUUCGCGAUCUGGAACUACCACUUCCCGAUGAAAAGGACUGCUACAUUGUUAAUAUGGACGACAAGACGUACCCUGAGAUUGAGGAGAUCGUUCACAAAGUGUGUGACGAAAUCAUGGCCAAAUAA